CCCAAAUAUUUAUAAGCCAAAGAACCAAGCAAGUAAACAAUGAUGAACAGUUGAGUUAGUUACUAAAUCUUAUUCAAGUUAAAAAUAGUUAACGAAUAACACCAUGCACGGAUGGGGUGCCAACAGCCACGGUCAGCUGGGACUUGGCUUCACCAGUGAGAUGUGCGAUAGUCCGCAACAGGUUGAAUCAAUACCGGUGGAAUUGAAAAACAUUGCUUCCGUCAGUGCCGGUGGUGGCCACACAUUGAUUUUGGCCGACGAUGGACAGUUAUUCGCAAGCGGUUGGAACAAUCGGGGUCAGCUAGGCCUAGGGCACGCAGAGGACGUUAAUCGAUUCACUUGCGUCACCGUCGGCCGGGAAGAAGGGUUCAAAUCUAUUGCAACUGGAUGGGAUGUAUCGGGAGCGAUCAAUGCCCGAGGUGACCUGUACCUGUGGGGUUCGAACGUGUGGCUGCAAAUUGCCGAUAAAAGUGUAAAAUAUCUUUCCACGCCUACUAGAGUGGAAUUGCCGGCCGGACGAUACGCACAGAAAGUUUGCUUCGGUUUGAGGCAUACUUGCGUACUAAUGGAUGAUGGAAGUUUAUUGCUGUUUGGAAAGUCCAAAUGGUUGGAACAGGGGAAAUACGAUGGCUUUGUACGCUGUGGAAUGCCGUUUUUUCAUUUGAAAGAUGAUGAGAAAAUAACCGAUGUUGUUAGUGGCGAGAAUCAUUUAGUCCUCCAGUACCAGCAGGAAGCCAUUGUUUGUAAAGGCGAUGAUAAGUUUGGACAAUGUUUAAAGGGGCGGGAUGUCAAUAUAAGUCGCAACGAGAUUGUUAAACUGCAAUCGGGUUGGUCGCAUUCGGGUUAUUUAACGAGGCAUGGCACUGUUUACCUGUGGGGACGAAACAGUUAUGGGCAGUUGGGCGUGCCAGCUGGUACAGCAGGCUGUGAUGAUCCCGUAUUGUUGAAUAUAGAAAGCAAAGUUAUCGAUUUUUGCCUCGGAUCGCAGCACGGGAUUGCCCUAGCGGAGGAUGGGCUCUAUACGUGGGGUUGGAACGAGCACGGCAAUUGUGGUGUUGGAGGUUUGGAGAAUGUAUGGGCUCCAACCAAAAUCACGGACAUGAAGAAGUGCGACAAAAUUUCAACGGGUGUUGCUUUUUGUUUUGCCUGGCAAACUGGGCGGAGAUUUAGCUUUUAACUACAAUUGGACUUCAAAUUAAGUUCUAUGGUACGGAAAACAAAACGGAUUAUCUGUUUAUCGAAUACCGACAAACUUCUUUUAAAUGGCUUAUGUCGUACGUUUACACCGGAAAUUUUAAAACUAGAGAUCAGAUGGGCUCCAACCAAAAUCACGGACAUGAAGAAGUGCGACAAAAUUUCAACGGGUACUGCUUUUUGUUUUGCCUGGCAAACUGGGCGGAGAUUUAGCUUUUAACUACAAUUGGACUUCAAAUUAACGUACGUAAAACAAAACGGAUUAUCUGUUUAUAGGUAAGCUAUCGAAUACCGACAAACUUCUUUUAAAUGGCUUAUGUCGUACUUUUGCACCGGAAAUUUUAAAACUAGUGAUCAGGUAACAUUUUCUUUAUAUAAUAAUUUUAUGACUUCUGAUUUACCUGACCAUGUUGUUACUGUUUACCUAAAAACAUAAAUUUAUAGUUAGUUUGCAAACUAAGAAUCAGUUCAUUCUCGCCGUUGUUCUUGGAAACACCUUGCUUGGGGUGCGCUAUUAAGUUGAAGUGUUUAGUGAAGUGAUUAGUAAAAAAAUAUUCUGCCUCUAGAAUGUCCACCGCCGUUGUCAGUGAUUUGUGUGGAAAUACUUACUAUGAAGCCGAUCUUAAUAGUUCAUUGCCAGCAGGUAACCGUGCCUCUCGCUCACUCUAUAGAUUCAAUAAUUAUGAGAAUAGGAGCGUCACUCGACCCGUUCCUGUUUCUGAUUUGAACGUCCGAAUGACGGAUAUUCGCGAAAUCGAGGAAGAUCUGCUGCUGGAAAGCGUUUUGUUGAGCCAAAACAACAAUAUUCCUAUGGGCCGCUGUUCGUCUCCAAGCCCGGCUCACUGUUUUCAUUGUGAUCAUAGUCAUAGAAAAAAAUGUUGUUUGUACGUAGGCGACAAGGAAACCGACCUUAAUCAAUAUUCGGCGUGGAAACAAAAUUUGGAAAGUUCACGCGUUAAGUCGAAGUUUACUACGAGAUUUCCAGAGGCAGUUUCUGGUGAUACUACCCCUUACUGGUUUCCAAAAUUUACAUAUAUUGAUCAAAUAAAGCACCAGGAAGCGGAACAACCGCUUGAAUCUUUGGCGAAAAAGUUUAGUAUCUCUUUUUUAUUAAAUGAUUCGGAUACUCUACGCCCACAAAACAUGAUGGAGCAGCAACCGUUGAAUGCACAAUUCUCACCAAGUAUUGCUGAUCGCACAGGUGAAUACCAACGUACAUCAUUUGUUCCAUAUGAUCAAUACUUGAGGGAAAUUGGACUGAUCGGCUCAAGAGAGUUGCUUGAGAUUGCCGCUCGAGGCCGUCGUCAUCGUCAACGUGAAGCAGCUAUUCCGUAUGACCAAUACCUGAGGGAGGAGCGCUUGAUUACUUCGCGAGAAUUAAAAGAUGUUGCCAAUCGGAAUGCUAAUCGUCGUCAACGGCAACGUCAGCGUGAAGCGGCAAAUUCAUACGACCAAUCCCUGAGGGAAGCGAGAAUGAUGAAUUUACCAGCAUCAAGCGAUGCCACUGGUCUAAAUGCUAAUGAUAAUCAACGUAAAAUAGCUACUCCAUAUGUCCGGUACAUGAUAGAACCGCAGCAAAUAAACUCGCAAUUCGCGGAAGGAACCACCAAUCGAAAUCAGCAACGUAGAACCGCUAUUCGACACGACCAAUAUCCGAGGGAAGCUGGGCUGACAAAUGCACCAGAAUCCCUAAAUAUUGCUAAUCAAAAUACUCAUGAUCAACGUCAAAUAACUACUCCAUAUGAACAAUAUAUGAUAGAACAACGACGGAUGAAUUCACUUCUCCCGCAAGAUCUAUUUGAAGAGAACGCUCGAAACUCUGAAGCUAGAAUAGCUGUUCCCUUCGAACAAUGCCUGAUGGAUUUGCGACGGAUAAAAUCGCCAUAUAUUUCGCGAGAUAUCUCCGAACAAAAUGCUUACAAUUGGCAACCUAGCACUGCUAUUACGACCGAGCAGAACACAAUGGAACCUCGCUGGAUGUAUUCACUAUUUCCUCAAAAAAUUUCUGAACAAAAUGCUGUGCAUCACCAGCCUCAGCCAGCUCAGCCAUAUGAACAAUUCCAACAAUACAUGAACGAACUGCGACAGAGAUGUGAUACACGACCGAGGAACUCACAAAAUUCACCUUCUCAAGUAACCGGACCGUACACCGGUACACAGUUCAUUCAGCAGUUUACUACAUAUAACUUCUAUAACGGUGCCAUUCACUCUAACCCUUACGACCAAACACCUCAGUUUUUUCAUCACUAUUCCCCCCUGUGGCACCUAGAGCAGGAACAUUAUCAGCAACAACAACAUCAUCAUUAUCAACAACAUGUGCAAAAUGAACGCUUGCUGCAGCAGCAAUUCCACCCGCAGUAUCCGCAAAACUUUGCAGCAUCAGCUGCAACUGCUGAGCCACAACAUUUGCAGGGACUUCCAUUUUCCCUAUGGAUGCUGUUUUAUCAGCAUAAGACAUCAAAUGAUGCGGCGAGCCAGAUGCCAAGCCAUCCCAACCAACCGGCUGCUGCUGCUGGUUUCGGAAGUGCUGUUCCAAUCGAGGUUGAUUCGCAAAUUCAACAACAACCCUUUUAAUUUCAACCGCAUUUUCCCCAGUGAAAGCAAGAUUAGGGAAUUUUUUCAUGGUACAAAAAAGGUGUGUACGGUUUACUUAUGGUGUAUUAAGUAAUAUUCCAGUGCAUGUAGAACUAGAGAUUAAGCUUUAUUUUAGCUUCAGGAUAAUAACCAAAUGACAAUAGCAGAAUUGUGAGAGCAAUAGCUGUUUAUUGACUGACUUACAACUCUUAAGGUUGGAUCUAGUAAACAACAAACACUGGCUUGCCCAGACCUAAACAGAAGGUUCGAAGGCAAGUUUUGGACAGAAAAUUGCAAAAUAAUCGUAAGAUAGCGGAUCUUUUUACGGAAUUAAUUUAUUUAUCGCAAAAAUUCUGGUCGACUAGGUUAACAACUCCAAAGAUCGGAGUUCCACUGUUAGGACUUUUUUACAUUUAAUUUUAUGGACGGGAUGUGUGUUCCAAUCUGGGCCCACCUGCGAAAUUUAAAUUGGAUUUGAAAACCAACAAGUGAACUUUAGAUUAGACCUUCUUCUUCUUCUUCUUUUUCUUCUUCUUCUGUUGUUGUUGUUGUUGGACAGGUGAAGAUUAGACAUUAGAUUCGCAUUUCGAUUUGAAUUUGGAUUUGAAAUUUUGUUUACAAUUGGGUCAAAAUUGAUAAAAAUUGGACUUUAAACUGGACCUUAAUUGGAAGUUGAAAUUGAACUUUUCAUUGAACUUAAAUUGGGAUUAAAUUAGACUAGAUGCUUAGCUCAUCGUAUGUUCGAAUCUCGAUUGGGAGAGGCUGUUAGAGUCAAUAGGAUCGUUGCAACUGGCCAUGCAAUUGUCCUGCACUCUAACAGCUGGCUGCGAAGUAUGUCGUAUAAAAACAGAACGUCAAGUUUCGAUAACGGAAUGUAGCACCUAGGCUUUAGGCUUAGCUCAAAUUAGGCUUCAAAUCAGAACUGAAUUUGACUUGCAAUUGGACUAGGGCUCAAAUUGGAAUUUAAUUCGACUUGGGAUUGACCUUAAAAUGGGACAUUAAAUUGGGAUUGAGAUUGGACCACAAAUGAAUUUUAAAUUGUACUUAAAAUUUGGUAUGAAAUUGCACUUCAAAGUAGUUUUGGUAUUGGACUUCAAAUCGGAGGUGAAAUUCGAACUAAAUUAGGCUUGGGAUUGAACCUAAUAAUCCAGGACAUGAAAGCGUACUUAAAUUAGACUUUGAAAUGGAACCUGAAAUAUGAAAUAACGCAUGCAAUUGAACAUGGAAUUGGACCUUACAGAGACUUGAAAUCGGUGGUGAAAUAGAAGUCUAAACAGACUAGAAAUAGGUUUUAAAAUGGGGCAUUGAAAUUAGACCUCAAUUGGAUUUCAAAUUGCAGUUGAAGUUAGAGUUGUAUUUGACCUCAAAAUUGAACAUUAAAUUGCACUUAAAAUUAGACCUGAAAUCGGAGAUGAAAUUGCAAAUAAAUUAGAUUCUGCUUUGUACCUAAUAUUGGACAUUCAAUUAGACAGGCCAAAUUAGACUUGAGAUCGGAGGUGAAAAUGGAACUAAAUGAAAUUCGGAAUUAGACUUAGAACGGGACAUUAAAUUGGACAUGACAUCAGACCUAAAUUGGAGUUUGAAAUUGAACAUGAAAUUUGAUUUGAAAUUAGACUGGGAAUUGAAAAUGAAAUUGGGCUUGAACUAGACUAGAAAUUGACUUUAAAAUGGGACUUUGAAUUGAACUUGUGAUUAAACAUGAAAAUUGACUUGAAUUUAAACUCCAAAUCGUACUUGAAAAUUGACUUAAAUUGGACUCCAAUUUGAGAAAUUGUUUUGUUAUACAUUAAAUGAAGGUUGGGCACGCCAGAGACACCAAUGACCCAUUCCAGCGUUACGAGACACUAUCCUUAGUAUGCAAAUUGGUUCCUGUUUCCUCAAAUCCCUGGUAUUCUAGUGGAAAAUAAAAUACUCUUUGAAUAAAUAUUUUGCAAGGUAUUUGCCAAAAAAUUGGUGAAACAGGAGGCGAUUCAUACGGUAACAAUGGGUGCUAAUUGUGUCCCAUAACGCUGGAAUGUGUCCAAUAUGAUAAUCUAGUUAACAAUAUUUAAGGAGUUAAAAGGAAUCUUAAAUGAAGGGCAACGACGGCGUUAAUUUUCGACUUAUUUAAUAUUUAUUCAGAUAAAUCACGAGUAACAUUAUGCAUAAAACAACAACAAAGCUGACUUUAGCGAUAUAUUAGGUAUUUCUCGUGAAUCAUUUAAAACCCUUGUUAAUUUAACUUCUCAGUAAAGCACAAGGCAAGACGGAACGAAACAUAGCAAAAAGAAAAUUUUUAUCGAAACAUUUGAUAAAUUAUUGAUAGACAAUAAA